AUGUCGAGUGGGGUGCCAUACAUCGGGAGCAAGAUCAGCUUGAUCACCACCUCGGACAUGCGAUACGAAGGGUUUCUUCGGACGCUGAACCGGGAGGAAUCAACCAUCGCCGUAGAAAGCGUCAGAUCCUUCGGCACAGAAGGGAGAGCUGACCAGACCAGAGGGCAAGCAGAGAUCCCGGUGUCUAACGAGAUCUACGACUUCAUCGUCUUCCGAGGGAAGGACCUGAAGGACCUGACGGUGCUGCAGGGCAUUCCGGAGAAUGCGCCGCAGCCGCAGCCGCAGCAGACACCGGCGACCAGGCCCCCUGUGCAAAGUCCUCACAUGCAGGGCAGCUAUGGUACUGCCGGCUGGUUUCAUCUGGCCAUCCCCUUGUGGGGCAAGCAGGCUCCAGAUAGUGCGACGAGAAACUCACGGGAGUGCCAGGCCAGCACCUGA